UGUCUGCCAACCACCAAAGAGUCAAUACCCUACUGCUUUUCUGCUUAUUUAGCACCCCCUUACCCAAAAACUAAACUUGGUGGUUCUGGUGGACUUCAGAAAAAAAACAAGUAUUAUUCUUCAUAGAAAGAGUGACAUGAUUAAGCUGUAAGGAAAAAGUGGUGUCUUCCGCAUCCAGAGGCGAGGGGGAGUUCGAAUCCCCUGCGAGGCGCUCACCAUGGCGUCCCUGCCAGCUUUUUGGCAAAGAUGGAGGACGACCACCUUCGCUCUGGCCGCCUUCGUGAUCCUCCUGGCGGCGGUCAUCGGAGGCUGGCAAGUCGAAGACCUUCCUCAGGAACAGCUACAGCCCGCAAGACCAGCCACAACGGAAUUCCUACUACCCGACCACCUCCUUCAACAGAUUCCGACGCAACGAGCGGGAUGACCCCUUCGACCGCAACCCGAUGUUCAGAGCGUCCAGCUCGUACAACUCACGCAAGGGCGGCUCAAGAACCCUCAGCCGCUCCACUGACCGGAGCUUCAACCGCUUCGGAGGCGGUCCGGAGGCCUUCCUGGAGGCAGCGACCACGGAGCGGAUCGAGCCCGAGGAGGACGUGAUGGGCUUCAAGUUCAGUGGCAGCGCGGGCUUCGGGGCAUCGAGGCCGAGCGGGGGCGGGCGCAAGGGCGGGCCCAGCAAGGGCGGUUCCAAGGGCGGUAAUCCCUUCGCGACCUUCGAUCGCGAGGCAGCACCAGGAUUCCCUCCCAUCAGGAACAUCGGCGGCGGACCCGGCUUCAGCGGGGCCAGCGGACCCGGCUUCAGCGGGGCCAGCGGACCCGGCUUCAGCGCGGCCAGCGGACCCGGCUUCAGUGGCUCCUCCAGCUCGGCCACCUUCGGGGGCUCGCUCGGAGCGCCCUUCACGGGCACGGCCAGUGGCACCUUUAACGGGCCCGCAGCGCCAGCCUACAGCAGCCCUCCCGGCACCUUCAGCGGGUCUUUGCCGCAGGGCGGAGUUAAGUUCGGUGCCGCCUUCAACCCGGGAUUCAGCGGCUCCACCAGCUUCUUCGGCGGUUCGCCUGGCGCCGCCCAGCCAGGUCGGCCCGGCUUCGGCGGCAACGCCGGCGGCUCGUUCCCCGCCCCCAAGACGCCCUUCUCGGCGGCCUUCCCGGGCGUCUCAGGCAAUAUCAACUUCGACCCGAAUGGCGGGAACAUCCAGUUCCCGCCGCCGUCGGGCCAGUUCCCGCCGUCGUCGAUCUUCCCCUCCAUCACGGAGGAGGAGAACGCGCCCUUCGUGUUCCCGCAGGGCCCAGGCGAGGGCGGCGCCGGCCUCAACCUGCCCUUCACCAUCGACGACGAGCUCGCGGCGCUCCUCUUCGGCAUGCAGGAGGCGACCACGUCCAAGCCUCCCAUCCGCGUGACUUCUGCCGAGGAUGAGAACAAGGUCUUCAGCGGCCGACACGACGAGACAGACGAGGAGGUUGAGCCGCCGAUUCUCAUCAGGAAGCCCGAGGUUAAACAAGGCUGUAACUCCAAGCCCGCAGCGCCUGCCAACGGACGCACGGACUGUUCCACGUACGCCGGCUGUCGGUCGAUCUGCAACCCCGGGUACCAGUUCCCCAGCGGCGAGAGGAGGCUUUAUCUCAUGUGCGAUAACGGAGAAUGGAAGGUGACCGGUAGCGUGUGGGACACCCUCCCCGACUGCGAACCCAAGUGCAGUCCCCCGUGCGAGAACAAUGGCAUCUGCCUUGCCCCUGACGUGUGCCAGUGCCCCGAUAACUGGGAAGGAGACCAGUGCCAGAUACCCAAGGCAGCGCCGGCCAAGAAGUGCUCAAACAAACCACCGACGCCAAUGAACUCUAGAAUUUUCUGUGGUAAAGACGAAUGCAGUGCCAGGUGCCACGAGGGUUACCACUUUGCCGAGGGAACGACCCGCCUCUCCUUCCAGUGUGAGAACGGUGACUGGGUUAUCCAGGAUCCGCGCUGGACCGAGACCCCAGACUGCGAGCCUGCAUGUGACCCCGCGUGCGAGAAUGGCGGCCGAUGCAUAGCGCCCGACUUGUGCGAAUGUACCGUCGACUUCCGAGGCGAAUUAUGCCAGUACCCGAUUUCCAACUGCGACCCCAAGAAACUGGGCUUCAACGGAGGCUACAACUGCACGGGCGAAGGGAUGGACUUCGGCUGCGCCUUCUGGUGCUCCCCCGGCGUCGAAUUCGAGUUCCCCGCCGAGGACUUCUACAAGUGCGACUACGCCACGGGUCUCUGGUCGCCCUCGCCCAUCCCCAACUGCGACUACGGCUUCCUCGUCGUGACUCCUGGGGCCCAAGACAUCUCUACGGGAACUUACCCUCCUGGCUUCGUCUUCACCACGACAGAACAGAUCAAGAAGUCGCCAGGUGUGUGCUUCACCUGGUCGGGGUCACACUACAAGUCCUUCGAUGGACGGGUUUACAGCUUCGAGAGCUCGUGUCCCUUCACCCUCCUGCAGGACUCCACCCACGGCACCUUCAGCGUCAACCUCAAGUCCAAGGGUGACUGCACAGGCCCCUCGUGCUCCAAGGCCAUCCAGCUCUUCCUUGACGACGAUGAAUACGUCCUUCAGAACACAGAGUCCGGGCAGCCGAGCCUCGAAUACCAUGAGACGAACCUCGCCAUCCCGGGUCAGAUGAACGGCGUCGUGUCCGAACGCGUGGCUCAUUACGUCGUAGUCAAGGUCGCCGGAAUCGGACUCACCCUCAAGUGGGAUAUGAAGAACACAGUCAUAACGGAAGUGAACGAGCUGCUUUGGAACAGGACUUCUGGCCUCUGUGGGCGACGAGACGGCAACAGAGAGAACGACUGGGGUUAUUCCGAUGGCAGAACAGAGGAUAGUUUGAGUAACUUCCUUCAAGCUUGGCAGUCGAAGACCAUUGGUGACCGGUGCCUUGGCCAGCCCAUGAUCAAGAACCCUUGCGGACGCCGACCGGUCGCUUCGGAGGCCACGGAUUUCUGUUCGAAGCUUCGGGCCGACCCCAAGUUCGAACCCUGUCGUCAGGUCGUGGACGUGGAACCGUACGUAACUGCCUGUAAAUGGGACUACUGCGGCUGCGAGAGUGACCAGCGGGAGGGCUGCGCGUGCGAGUCCUUCUCCGCCUUCUUCAGGGAGUGCACUAACCAGGGCGUCGAUUUGCCCGAAGGAUGGAGGACCCCCGAUCUCUGCCCGAUGGAGUGCGAGCGCGGCAUGGAGUACAACCCGUGCAUGUCCGCCAUCCAGCCCCGCUGCGGACAGCCCUCCGACAACCUCCGGCCGGAGUUCUGCGUCGAGGGCUGCGACUGCCCCUCCGGCCUCCUGCUCCACAACGGCAAGUGCAUCCGGGCGGAGGACUGCCCCUGCACCUUCCACGACAAGGACUACCAGCCCGGCGAGACCAUCCCGAACGACUGCAAUUCAUGCACGUGCUUGGGCGGGGUGUGGGUGUGCACGGAGGUCAAGUGUGGGUCCCGGUGUGCCGUGGUGGGCGACCCCCAUUACACUACCUUUGAUGGCCGACGCUACGACUUCAUGGGGAUGUGUUCCUACACGCUCGUCGAGGGCACUGAUUUCACCAUCGAGGCGGAGAAUACACCUUGCGCCGGCGCCAUAUCGGAGAGCAUGAACUUCCCAGCGUCGGUCGUCAGCCAGUUCCCCUCCUGCACUAAGUCGGUCACCGUGCGUCUUCAAGGAACCGUCAUCCGCCUCAAGCAGAAGCGGGAAGUUACCGUUAACGGCGUCGAAGUUAAGGACUUGCCCAUGUGGAUCAACGGCGCCUACAUCAAGAAGGCGUCCAGUCUGUUUAUCAUGGUGGAACUCGACACCGGCAUCGACGUGUGGUGGGACGGGCAGACGGGCGUGUACGUCGACGCGCCCGCCGACUUCCGCGGCGAGGUGGCGGGUCUGUGCGGCACCUUCACCGAUAACCAGAGGGACGAUUUCCUGACUCCUGAAGGGGACGUCGAGAACAACCCUAUCGCUUUCGCCAACAAGUGGAAGAUCUCGGAGAAGUGUCCAGACCAACCCUUGGCAGAGGAAAGUCGCCCCUGUGAUCGCCAUGUGCAGAACAAGGCCGUGGCGGAGAAGUACUGUGCGAAGAUUAAGUCUGGACUUUUUGCAAAGUGCCACUUGGAGGUCGACCCUGAGCCGUAUCACCGCGACUGCCUGUAUGACAUGUGUUCGUGUGAGACCAAGCUGGACGGCUGCCUUUGCUCGACGCUCGCUUCCUACGCCAAGGAGUGCGCUCGGAAAGGCAUCCUGAUCGACUGGCGAGCCGAGAUUCGCGAGUGCGGCGUGCACUGCACCGGCGGGCAGAAGUACCAAGUGUGCGGCAACAGCUGUUCGCACACUUGCCUGGACCUGGCAACGAACCCGGAUUGCAAGAGGAAAUGCGUCGAGGGCUGCAACUGCCUCGACGGCUUCUCCCUCGACCAAGACGGCAUCUGCGUGCCCAUCACGGAAUGCCCCUGCGUCUACGAGUCGAAAGAGUACAAGCCGGGCUACGAGAUGCUUCAGCGGCAGCCCGACGGGACCGACAUGGUCUGCGAAUGUUUCAACGCGGGAUGGAACUGCUGGGAGCCUCGAGAUAACGACACAGCCACCAAGCCUCCUCAAGUGCAGUGCGCCGAACACUUGCACGAGGUUUACACUGACUGCAUGCCCGAGGAGAACACGUGCCAGACGAUGCACCUGCGCUCGAUUCCCGGGGACCUCUGCCGCGCCGGGUGCGUGUGCGGCCCGGGCUUCGUCAGGGACACAGACACGGGCGCCUGCAUUAAGCACAGCAGCUGCCCUUGUCACCACGGAGGAAGGUCGUACUCUGAGGGCGAGAUCAUCGUCGAGGAUUGCAACACCUGCGAAUGCGAAGGCGGCCAGUGGGUAUGCACAGACCAACAGUGCCCGGGCAUCUGUUCCGCAUGGGGAGAGUCCCACUACAAAACCUUCGACGGCCGUAUGUAUGAGUUCCACGGCACCUGCGAUUACCUGCUCGCCAAGGGGAAGUCUCAGAGGAGCGACAGCUUCGAAGUCACGGUUCAGAAUGUUCCCUGCGGUACGAAUGGCGUGACGUGCGCAAAAUCCGUUACCCUGAGAGUGGGCGCUGCGACCCAAGAUCGUGAUUCUCUCGCAAUAACCUCCGCCAGUGAGUUCUCAGAGGAAAAAAUAAGGAUAAUAUUCUUAUUUCAAAAUAAGCUGAGGAACGGAUCUCUAAAAUUUCAUUUUGCCCCCAGUGUCUGUAAACCGUCACCAUCAUCCAAUGCGAACUAUUGUUAUGCCCGAUACCCAAUUUGGUCACAUUUAAACACGAUCCAUUUCAGAUUAUUCGAAUUCGGCACUUCGCAACUCCUGGAAUUUAGCCCUCGCCAUCAUCCGGGAAUCCACAGCUCUCAUUACCCUAUUACUCCAGUGCCCAGUUUUGACCCUCAACACCAUCCGGGAAUCCACAACCUUAUCAGCGUAAUAGCUCCAAUACCCCUAAACACCCAUACGAUAUUUACCCCAGCCUUCACAGCCCCAAUUUCCCUCCCCCAUUUCAGGAACUUGACCCGCACCAUCAUCAGGGAAGCUGGCGUGUUCGUCUUCGCUGAGGUGGCCGAUAUAGGCCUAGUUUUGCAGUGGGAUCGUGGCACCCGAGCCUACCUGCGGCUCGACCCGUCGUGGAAGGGCAAGGUCGGUUGUUCUGCGGAUGGCCUGUGUGUGUGUGUGUGUGUGUGUGUGUGUUCCCCUAAAAAAAAAAAUCCUUUCUCCUUUAAUCCAAAACACCUCUCUCCUUCAACCCUUCCUCUUCGCCUCCUGCAGGAUACGUGCAGCCUCCACCCGCACAGGAAGGUGUGGGCGUCCGAGCAGUGCGCCGUUCUCAAGUCCGAGAGCUUUACGCCGUGCCACUCCGAGGUGCCCGUCGAGCCGUAUCUGGAAAGGUGCCAGUUCGACGCCUGCGGUUGUGACACGGGCGGUGACUGUCACUGCCUCUGCACCGCCGUCGCAGCCUACGCCCACGAGUGCAACAUCCAUGGCGUGUACAUUGCGUGGAGGACUCCCGAUUUCUGCCCCAUGCAGUGUGACAUCGACUGCGAGCAUUACGAGCCGUGCAUUCCGACCUGCCCCCACGAGACCUGUGACACGCUGAUGGACCCGACGUCGCCGCUGUGUGUCCAGGAUGCGUGUGUCGAGGGAUGUGCUAAGGACGUGUGCCCCCCCGGCUACGUGUACAAGAGUGCCAGUGACGUCGAGUGCGUGCCUAAGGCCGACUGCGAGAAGAAGUGCCUCGAGAUUGACGGGGAAGUCUACAUGGAGGGUGACGUCAUUUCUGAGGAUGACUGCCAUACCUGCGUGUGCACGAGGAAGAGCAAGGUCUGCCGCGGCACGCCCUGCGCCCCCACCACCACGCCCAUGGUCUCCCCGCGAGUCACCACGCCCUCGCCGCCUCCCGCAGUGACGACGCCCUUCCCUCCCGGCGUCACUCCCGAAGAGGGCGAGUGCAGGGACGGCUGGAGCGAGUGGAUGAGCGAGGACAAACCGAUUGUUUUCCGCAAGAAUUCCGACGCGGAGACGAUUCCCGCCAAGAUCAAGCAGGGCAAGCCAGGUCAAGGUUUCUGCGAGCGAAGCCAAGUGACGGACAUCCGCUGCAGGAGCGUAGGGACUCACCGCCCCCACACGGAGCAGAGGGGCGUCAGGUGUUCUGUGGACGAGGGCCUUCUUGCGGGCGAGGAUGAGGCAGCGAGGUUCUGGUACGAGACGGCUGUUCUUGGCGGACUGUAUUACGCAAAUCGAACCGAGAUCUUCCAGAAACCAAACCACCGAAACCUCAUCUCCCUCUCUCCCUCAGGCAUCACCACCACAGAGGCCCCUCCUGUUACGACGCCCGCCUCGCCCUUCACGCCGCCCAUCAUUUCUACGCCCGUUGUACCCCCUGUGACUGCCCCGACCCCCAUGACCUGCGAGGAGGAAGGCUGGUCGAGUUGGUACAAUAUCCAUUUCCCGGAUGCCAGCGGGGAGUUCGAGUCCGUGGACGAAAUCAGGAAGAUCAAUGGUAUUUGUCCCGACCACUAUGUCUCCGAAGUCGAGUGCCAACCUGUAGGAGGCGGCGACGUGGAGGCGGUGGUGACGUGUGACAAGAAGGGCGCGCGAUGCCGGAACAGUGGCGGAAAGCGCUACUGCAAGGACUACGAGAUCCGCGUGCGGUGCGAGUGCGAGUGCCAGGACGGCCUGGGCAUGCAAGACUGGCGAAUCCCCAACGACCGCAUAACCGCCUCCUCCGUUUUGGAUCCCGAUGGCAAUCCCCAGUCUGCUCGCCUCUUUGCGGAUUGGGCGUGGACUGCUCAGGACGUGAAUCCGAACGACCAGGAAGCCAUCCAGAAGGAGUGGCUGCAGGUGGACCUCGGCGAGGUGAAGGAGGUGACCGGGGUCGUGACGCAGGGACACCCGCUCUUCAACUUCUUCGUGGAGCGCUUCGCCGUCCAGUACUCGGAGACGGGACUCAGGUGGGACAGCGUCAAGAGCCCGGACACCUCGUAUGCAAUGCAAUUCACCGGCAACACAGACCAGGACACGCCGGUCACCAACCUGUUCCCGGAGCCCGUGUAUGCCCGUUAUAUCAGGGUGGUCCCUCUGCAGUUCUACCAGGCCAUUUCUCUCAGACUCGAGCUCAAGGGCUGUGAUGUUAAAGAAACGACGACUGUGCCAACUUGGCCUCCCGUGCCCGAAACAACGCCCGUACCCGCGUGCACAGACGGAUGGACAGAAUGGAUGAAUACCCACACACCAAGCCCUGGAGAUUGGGAUGACCUCGAUGACCUGACCUCCUUAUCGGCCAAGUACAGCUUCUGCCAGGCGCAGUUCAUCGUCGAUACCCAGUGCCGCGUGGUAGGCCUGAAUCAGCCGUAUGAGCUGGCCGGGCAGAAGGGCGUCAUUUGCAACAUCAACAAUGGUCUGCAAUGCAAUGACGACUUGCAGGCUCCUGAACACUGCUACGACUACGAGGUCCGCUUCUACUGCGACUGCGGCGUUGCAAUAGCAACGACGACGACGACGGAGGGCUUCCCGCCGCCCUUCCCGCCCGUGACGACUCCCCCGCCGGCGGCCACGCCCCCGCCCAGGAGGGAGUGCAACAUGUGGGACGAGCAGAUCACGCCCCACGAGACCGACUGCAGGAAAUUUUACGAGUGCGCCCGGACGAGGACGGGAGGGACGGAGUACGUGGAGAAGGAGUGCGGCAGCGGGACCUUCUUCCAUCCCAAGCUCAAAGUGUGCGACUUCGAGGCCAACGUCGCCCUUGUGAAGCCCGAGUGCACGCCCAUACCCCCGAAGAUCGUCGAGCCCACCAGCACCACGCAGGAGCCGACGAAGCCCGAACCUUGCACCGAAGACUUCUGGACGGAGUGGUUCAACGUCUCUCACCCCGACACGGACAACGGCGACAUGGAGACCUUCGAGAAGAUCCGCGAGGAGGGCUUCGGUAUCUGCGAGGACAUGUACAUCAUGGACAUCGAGUGCCAGUACAACAAGGUGACCACCGGGAGUUCGAAGGGCGGAUACAAGGACGGGAGGAAGGGCGGAAGGAAGGGCGGACGGCGAGGCUCUCAGGAGUACGUCGUGACCCCGAGCGACUACACCACCAGCAGGGACGUGAGGGUCACCUGUUCUCGCGAGUUCGGCCUCACCUGCUUCAACGCUCACCAGCGCUUCAGGUCCAAGUGUGAGGACUACGCCGUCAGGGUCCUGUGCUCGUGCGAGGCCACGAGACCGACGCCGCCGGCCAAGGAAAUCACCACAGCUUACACCGACGUCCGAGAAUCCACUGUUGUCACGACGCCGGCCACGUCUGUGUACCAGUGUCCUGCCGGUACACGCUACGACCCCAACGCCAUCCGGUGCGAUCGAGUGUGUCUCAAUUACCUGUACGUGCUGAAGCAGGCCGGAGAGUGCCAGGGAGCAGGAGACUUCGCCCCGGCCUGUGUGAACAUCACCUCCCCCGUAGCAUGUCCUGGAAACCAAUACCUGAGAGACAAGUCGACGUGUGUUGACAUCCGGGACUGUAACUGCCGACUUCCCAACGGCAUGGCGGUGGCGCCUGGCCGAGCUUUCAGAGUGAACGAUUGUGAAGUAUGUCAAUGUAGUAAUAAUUACCUCAUGUGCGAUUCGUCUCUGUGUCUCACCGCUCUCCCUUGGAUCAAGAUCACCGAUGAGCCAACCUUCAAGUGCAACGAGUGGACUUCGUGGCUCAGUUCCUCCAACGCGAGCGACGGGAAUGACAUCGAACUCCUGGCUGACCUGCGCGUCCUGUACCCGAAACUGUGUUACUUUGCGCAGCAGAUCGAGUGUCGCGUCAAAGGAACUAAUGCAUCGGCGCUGACAGCUGGCCAGAAUAUAGAGUGCAAUCCCUACAAGGGUCUGGUUUGUAAGAAGGAUCAGAAUCCACGAGGCUGUCUGGAUUACGAAGUGCGAUUCAUAUGUGACUGUUCAGAGUACACCGAUCUCCACGCCGGCGAACUCACGGAAACUACAACAAUUCCCACCACGACAUACACAAGCUCCCAUUUCACCAACGUUACUACUACGUUGAUACCCUACAUGGACCAAUGUGUUGACGACAAGAAAUACGUUAAGUGUGCCUUGCCGUGCGACAGGGUGUGCAUGUACUAUAAACAGAUCUUGAGACAAAAUGGAUUCUGCGAACUGGACGGUGACUGUGCCCCUGGAUGUCUCGAGAAGGAGCAGGCCAUGAUGUGUCCUCCAGGAUUCUACAUGCUCGACACCAACAAGUGCGUAGCUGUGGCAGAUUGCAGUUGUCGUUUGUCCAACGGAAUGGCUUUGCCGGCUGGCCAAUGGUACAAUGUCUCUCCGUGUGAGCGCUGCAUGUGUCAAAACAACAACUUGCUGUGUGAUCGCAACCCGUCCUGCGUUGAAAUCACUACCGUGGAGCCAACAAUCUCGACGGUGAAGGUUGUCACCAUUGAAGCCACGCCCAAACCGGAGAUUUCGUUCCAGUGCAAUAACUGGUCGCCAUACUUCAAGAAACACAAGACAAGCGAGGGAGUUAUUAUCACGCUGGACAUGGUCAAAGAGAACAUCGAGUUUCCUUGCGAAGUCCCUCUGAAUGCCUCGUGUCGGGAAGCGUCGUCCAAGCUCCACGCAGCCAGUUUAGGCCAGGCUGUGACUUGUGAUCCCAUCGACGGCCUUCGAUGUAUAAACCUUGAGAAUGACAAGGAUUGCUAUGACUACGAGAUUUCCUUCUUCUGCGAGUGUGAGGAAGUCAGCACCAUCAGCCCUCCGGAAACCACAUUCGGCCCCGUGGUGACCCAGGCUCCCUGCGACGCCUGGUCCCCCUGGGUCAACCAGUUCAGGCCAUGGCAAGGAGACUUGGAGACCGAGUACAUGUCCCUCCAGCAACUGCAGGACGUGUACGGAUUCUGUUUGGAGGGCCAGCUGGCGGACAUCGAGUGCGUAGAAGCGGCCACGGGACAGAGCGUAGCAGCAGACAGGGGCACCAGCUGCGACGUGCGAUACGGCUUCAGCUGCAAGAACGCUGACCAGGACCGCGGCCGUUGCCUCGACUACAAGAUCCGAUACUACUGCACUUGCGAGACCACGACCGUAAUAACGACCACCUUUGUGCCACUGUUCCCUACUCCUCCCACCGUGUGUGACCCGGACAAGUACAUCCACCUGCUGAAGGAUGUGGAUGACAGCGCCUUCUCCUCCACCCGCGCCCGUAACUCCUUCUUCGGACCAGCUAACGCCCGCCUCUACAACGAUGACGGUUCUCUUAACACCAAGAGCUGGAGUCCGUACAUCAACGACCAGAACCAGUACGUGCAGAUCGACCUGGGUUCGGUGCAACCCCUUUACGGGCUGGAGAUGGGCGGAAACCCCACCACGAGGGAGAGGGUCACCGCCUUCCGAGUGCAGGUUUCCGACGAUGGGUCCACCUGGAGUUAUGUGACCUCUGACCCCGAUGACCCCAGGAGUGAACCCAAGGACUUCCGAGGCCCAGUCAGUCCGUCGGCGCCACAGAAACAGAUGUUCGACAAACCGAUAGAGGCUCGUUACGUCAGGGUCAACCCGACCGUGUGGGUUCGCUCCAUCUCCAUGAGGGUCGAGGUCAUCGGCUGCGAACUCCCCACGCCGGUGACCUUCUAUACCACGCCCAGGACUCCGGAGUGCGAGGAGCCCAUGGGUGUAGAGAACGGCGAGAUGUCCCUCCUGCAGAUAACGGUCUCUUCUGUUCUCAACGACGACGAGGUGUAUUACGGCAAGAAGAACAUUCGCCUCGACUCCAAGCCGGAGUUCUACACGGCCGCCGGGGCCUGGGUCGCGCAGCCGAAGCCCGAGCAGUUUGUGAGGUUUGACUUCCUGGAACCGAGCAAGAUCUCCGGUAUAAUCACGCAAGGACGCUCUGACGCAGACGAGUGGGUCGAGUCCUUCACAGUCCGAUAUUCACAGGAUGGCAAGAGUUGGAGCACGCUGCAGGAACCUGAUGGGACGGAGAAGAUAUUCCCCGGUAACUUCGACCGAAGUACGCCACUGGAGACCAAGUUCGAUCAGCUGAUUCAGGCCCGGUACCUGGAAGUCAGACCCGAGACCUGGAACUCAAACAUCGCCAUGAGACUGGAUGUCCUUGGUUGCUUCCACCCAUAUCCCGAAAUCACCACGACGCCGCAGCCGGAGGUGACGACGACCCUCCCGCCGCCUCCUGCGUGCACGCCCUGCCCUGGCCUUCCGGAGGAGUUCUACGACCGCUGCGCCUCCUGCUCCUCCGGCAGGUUCUUCGACGGCAAGGCCUGUGUUCCGAAGGCCGUCUGUCCGUGUUACAAGGAUGGCAACAGCUACGACAUGGGCUCCGUCUUCGUAACGUCAGAUUGCAAGGAGUGCGAUUGUCUGUUUGGCGGCGUUUCCACGUGCAAGGAGAAGACUUGCUCUCCGUGCAACGACAACGAGCAAGGCGUGUUGACAUCCUCCUGCAACUGCAUAUGCAAGCCGUGUCCCGAGGGCAUGAGACUCUGUCCCUCGAUCAACUAUUGCCUGAACGAGACGUCUUGGUGCAACGGGGUGGUCGAGUGCCCCGAGGACGAGCUCGAGUGCCCUUCCACUACUCCGGUCAUUCCAUCUCCGUGCCCCACGCCGUACUGCCCCGACCACUGGGAGUUGACUGUGCGUCCGUCAGGAGGCCUGUGUCCGAUCGUCAAGUGCGAGCCGCCGGCGAAGACGACCCCCAUGCCAUGCCCGAUACCCUUCUGCCCGCCUCUCUACGAUAUCAGCCUCGUGCCCAAGAAGGGAGACGAGAUGUGCCCCAAGUACGAGUGCAUUCCGCCAUCGACCACCAUGGCACCCCCUGAGUGCCCGCCCCUUUUGUGCCCCGACGGGUAUGAAGUCCAGACGUCAGAGGACAUCAUCCCGGAGACGCCCUUCGGAGAGUGCCCAGAGUACCAGUGUGUGACCCCCGUGCCCCCCACCGCCCCCUGCCCACCGCCCACUUGCCCUCAGGGGUAUGACAUUUUCUUCGCCGAUCCGAAAGCGCUGUUGGAACUCUGUCCGCCGUACGAAUGCAUGCCGAUCGUCACAACCACCAUGUGUCCGCCGGUCGAGUGCGGAGAAGGCCUGCGUACCAUGUACAUCCACACGGCAGAGGGAUCCGCAUGUCCGCAGUACACGUGUGUCCAGGUCACGACGCCCGUGGCCAUCACGACGGAGCCUCCUGUUACGUGUCCUCCGAUGGAGUUGCCGAUUUGCAAGGCAGAUGAAGAGCUGUACCAGAUCAACCCUAAUGAACUGUGUCCACGCUUUGGCUGCAAGCCCUUCGGAAUGACGCCCACGCCCCUCCCCGAGGCGCCGAGGAACAUCACGCCCACUUGCAACGUCGAUGGGCGGACGUUCGAUUCCUUUGACGACUCGCACUACCAGAUCGAGCCCUGCAACCACAUCUUGGCCGAGGAUAAGAUAAACAAGAACUGGGUGAUUUCAAUGCACCGCAACUGUUCCUUCAGUGAUAGCUGUGAUCGUUACCUCAAGAUAAUGCAGAAUGACCAGCAACUCAUUCUCAAGCCUGACCUUCUCAUCGUGUGGGACGAAAACUCUUACACCGUCUCACAAGCCCAGAGAAUUGGCUCCUCCCAGAACACCUUCACUGUGUCUCGUGUGGGCGACUCCAUCCGCUUCAGCUCGACUGUGUACAAAUUCAACGUCGAAUGGAAUACUGAAAUGAACGUCAGGAUUGAGCUGGACGCGGAGCUCCAGAACCGAGUGGACGGCCUGUGCGGCUUCUACACCGGCUACGACCACGACGACAAAACGAAGCCCGACGGCAAGCUCGCAGCGACCAUGAAGGACUACGGGCAGUCGUGGGCCCUGGACGACCAGCCCUGCGAGGAGAAGCCCAAGUGCAGCGUCACGCAGUCUGCCGAGUCCUUCAGGCUGUGCGAGGCCAUUCGCAACGACCCCUUCACCAAGUGCCAUUCGUCCGUGGAUCCUUCCGUCUUCAUGAAGGGCUGCGUGGCCAGCACCUGCGACUGCCUGAGGGAGGGCAAGGGCGAGGAGGAGUGCCGGUGCCAGGCCCUCACCCACUACGUGACCCGCUGCCUCGAGACGGACUCCACUAUCAAGCUGGACGACUGGCGCAUCGUCGCUAAGUGCUACAAGGAGUGCGGACCAGGCGAGAGAUACCAGGACUGCUUCCGCGCGACCUGCGAGAAGUCCUGCGAGAACCUGCACGACGACACCGCUUGCUUGGAGCGCGAGGGGUCGUGCGUGCCCGGCUGCUUCUGCUCGCCCGGCCUCGUCCGCAAGGGAGAACGCUGCGUGAACCCCGAGAAGUGCGGAGACUGCGUGUGCGAGGGCUACGGCGACCCGCACUACCAGACCUUCGAUCGCCAGAACUACACCUUCAACGGCGAGUGUUCGUACGUGGCUGCGCGGGACAAGAACGUCCGCGGCCAGCAUGCCUUCCAGGUGAUCACCCGAAACAAGCAGUGCACAGUGCAGCCUGUGACCGUGUGCACCGACGCCGUCACAGUGCUCUACAAGGACCACACAGUCUUCAUAGAAGCCUUAGGGGAGGACUCCGUCAGCGUGACCGUGGACGGCGAAAACAUUCCUACUUUCCCUUACCGAGAUUCGUGGCUUGCUCUGGAACAGCCCGAUCCCAUGCAGGUCAUGGCAGCCAUCUCGGAGAUUCAGCUGGAGGUCAACUUCUUUUUGGAGAAUUACGGCUUCUCGGUCAAGGUGCCGUCCAGACUCUACUUCAAUAAGACCGAGGGACUCUGCGGUAAUUGCAAUUUCAAGGACGACGACGACUUCGUAGCGCAAGGGACGGGUCUGGUUGAGUCCUCAGACGUUUUCGGGAGGAGUUGGUUGCUCGAGGGCGAACCUUCGACCUGCGGCGUCCUGGAGAAGGACACGACCAGCUGUAUCCCUCUGCCUCCCGACGAGGACCCGUGUCUUCGCAUCAUGGACGAAAAUCUAUUCGGAAAGUGCCAUCCUGUAGAAGACCCAGUACCUUAUGUCUCGUCCUGCAUAAUGGAUGCCUGCGGAAGCCGAGAGCCUGAAGUGGCAGCGUGUCACAGUCUGGAGGCCUAUGCUAGGCGCUGCGCCGAGCUCGACAUCUGCCUCAAAUGGCGCUCGGAUAACCUGUGCCCGAAGACGUGCCCAGACACUCUCGAGUUCCGACCGUGUGGGCCUGGCUGCGUUCGGACGUGUGAGAAUUUCGAAGAACUGAACGCAAAUCCAGACGCGUGUCCGAUUUCUCCCGUGGAUGGCUGCUUCUGUCCGGAUGGCAUGGUGUUAGAUAACGGCGCCUGCAUUAACGAGACCUUCUGCACCACCUGUGACAACGAAGGCCACCGCAUCGGGGACUCGUGGAAGACCGAUCCUUGUACCACCUGCGAGUGCACGAUGAGAGGUAGUGUGUGCAGCACGAAGGCUUGUCCGGACGACCCCAUCUGCGACGAGGGAUAUGAGGUCGUUGAGGUGCCCGGCACCGGCGACGACUGCUGCGGCCCCAGGAAGAAGUGCAGGGUCGUGCCAACGGAGGACUGCCCGCCCGUCGUGAAGCCCAAGGAGGAGUGCGGCUACGGCCAGAGGCACAAGCUGAUCGAGGCCCCCGGCGUGUGUCCUCAGUACGCCUGCGUGUGCGUGGAGUCCAAAGACUGCCCGGAUGUCGAGCUGCCCAAGGACAGCGACCUCAAGCCAGGUGAGGAGUGGAUUUUGGACGACAGUGGGUGUUGCCCGAGAUACAAGACCGAGUGCACGGACCUCUGCCCGGAGAUAGAGUGCCCCGAGUUCUACGAGCCUGUCGAGAAGCCUCUGCUGUCAGGCCAGUGCUGCCCCGAGGUGGAGUGUGAGCCACCGACCGACGCCUGCAUCUACGAGAACAUUUACAUCGUGGACGCCACCGGCUUCCAGAAGAGCGUGGCACUGCCGACCGCCACCAAGAAGGGAGGCAGACCUCAGCUGCCUGAGCCAGAGAAGAAACUGUACAAGGUUGGAGAGAGCUGGGAAGACGGUCUGUGUCUCAAGUGCCAGUGUACGCUGGACAGCACCAGCAAACCCCGCCACACCUGCACGGAGCAGACUUGCCCCACGAUCGACACACACCCCGACCGCGGCCAAUUCCAACUGGACAGCCUGCUAGUACCCGGCCAGUGUUGUCCCGACAUCGUGCGAACAGCGUGCAUCGACGACUAUGAAGUUAUCGCUAUCGGAGACCGGCUGGACGAUCCAUUCAACGGCUGCCGUAGCGUGGAGUGCGUGAGGAACCCCGAGGGCAAAGUGGAUAAAGUGGAGCAGAUCCACACCUGCGACGAGAACUGUCCACUUGGCUGGGAAUACGAGCCGUCGCCUCUGUACCCGCAAGUGUGCUGUGGCGAGUGCGUGCAGGUGGCGUGUGUCGUGGACGGCGAGGUGAAGAACGUAGGAGAGACUUGGGUGUCUGAUGACUUCUGCACCACCUUCACCUGCUCCAAAGACAGCGGCAGUCAGAUCCAGAUCCAGGCGGUGGAGGCGCAGUGUUCUGAGCCGAGUGCGAAGGACCGCGAGAAUUAUGUGUACGAGGAGAAGCGCAUGCCCGGCCAGUGCUGUGCCCUCUACACGCGCACCGCCUGCCUCAUGGAUGGCGUGCCCGUCCAGGCCGGCGAGAGUGUCCAGGACCCGUUGGACAACUGCCUGACCGUGACCUGUGACCUGGCCAGCGACGGCAACGUGACCCGGCGAGAGAAGGAGACCACGUGUGACACCGAGUGCGCCCUCGGCCAGACCUUCAUCGAGCCGAUUGAGGGAAGCAACGACUGCUGCGGCAAGUGCCUGGUCACGCACUGUGUGGACGACGGCAUCGCCCACCCGAUCGGCGAGCGGUGGGAGAGUGAGAGCGAUAUCUGCUACGAGUACAGCUGCGAGACGAGGGAUGACGUGCUCACCACCGUGGCUGUCAAGAAGGACUGUCCCUAUUUCGACCCCGAGUGCCCUCCCAACGAGAUCUACAUGGACGAGAAAGGAUGCUGUCAGCUGUGCAACGUGACGCGGCCGGUCAAGAGCGAUUGCAAGCCGAACCCAAUGCCCCUGGUCGACACGGUGGGUAUCUUCACGCUGGCGGCCCGGAGUGUGGGCACGUGCAAGAACCCCGAUCCCGUACCCGGUUUCAACACAUGUUCCGGACACUGUGAUUCGUUCACGACGUUUGUUGCAGGGCGCAGAGCCGGACACAUCCCGACCUGCUACUGCUGCAAGCCCGCCCGCUUCGAGAAGAUUCGAGUGGACAUGCGCUGCGACACCGGCUACGCCUUCGCCCGCGUCUACGACAACAUCGUGGAGUGCGAGUGCCUUCGCUGCGACGACAACACUCCGGACUACAUGGGCGACGAACCGAUUCUGGACGACGCGGAAUUCUUCGCUAUAACGGCGGAACCCACUGAUGUCUAGGACCCCUUUUUCCUCUCUCUGGCAUCUCUUCUCUCUCUUUCUUUUCUCCUUCUCUUUCGCCUUUUUUU